UAAUUGGCACACGCAUACGCAUAGGAUGUAGCUGAAGCAAAGCAACCCAAAUAUUAUACGCGAGGAGAAGAGGUUUCCCCAUUUCUCGCUUCUCUCUCUUGCUCGUCCCAGUAUACCGCACCCCGAAAUUCUCUGACUUUAUCACGGCAAGAUCAACUUUUGGCGUCGAAUUCGUGCUCACAAGCCUCCGUUCCCUCCAAUUUCAGCCGUUUCCACUCCGAAUUAGUGUAGUUUUUGCGAUCGAUUUAUUGUAGUAGGAAGUAGGAACACAAAUUCGUCGACUUUAUCUCACCGAGAUCACAAUUCUAGCAUCGGACCCUGUGUUCGGCCCCAAUCCGAUCUGUUUCCAUUUCGAAAUCUGAACCGUUUCCCAAUUCGUCGAAGCUAAGAAGGGGUUGUGAGUUCGGGUGUUUCGAGCUCGUCGGAGGCAUCCCAGAUUCCGGCGACCAUGUCUCUGUCGGCGAUUUCCCUGUACACCAGUCCGCCAGGCGCGGUGUACUCUUCUGAGUUCGACCCGAGCUCCCGUGGCUCGUCGCCGUGCACCACCGCAGCGCCCCCGCCACUGGCCGCCUCCCACCGUCUGCCUGCCGCCGGCGGUGGCCUCUCUUGCCUCUUCUCCUCGCCGGCCGCGGCGGCUGCGCCGCCCCGCGCCCCGGCUCACGACGAGCUCGGCGCGCUGUGGCACGACAGAUCCGACGACAUGAGCGUCGCCGGCGGCGGCUAUUCCUACUCCCACUCCCACUCGUCCUCGCCGCUCAAGUGGCGCGAACUGCACCACCACCACAGCCCCGUGUCGGUGUUCCAAGGGCCGUCCUCCUCUUCGCCGUCCCGGAGCCCGCCGGCUUCUUGGCUCGCCGGUCGCGAGCGCGACCGCCUUUUCGCUGGCUUCGUGCGCAGCGCGCUCGGCUCCUGCGUCGACUACGCGCCGGCCACCAGCCCUCGGCCGGAGGUUGGCGCCGGCGAGCUCGCGUUCGAACUAGACGAGAACCUCGCGGAGGCGAGCCCCGCCUGCGAGCCAUAUGCCCGAGAGCUGCUCGCCAGUGCCCAGGAUCGCCACAACAUCUUCCAUGAGGAGCUCGUCGUGAAGGCCUUCUUGGAGGCCGAGAAGGCUCACCGUGGCCAGACGCGGGCGAGUGGUGAUCCAUACUUGCAACAUUGUGUGGAGACAGCCGUGCUACUGGCCAAGAUUGGGGCGAACGCGACGGUUGUCUCUGCUGGGCUUCUGCAUGACACAAUUGAUGAUUCGUUCGUGGACUAUGAUCACAUCUUCCACAUGUUUGGUGCUGGGGUGGCUGAUCUCGUGGAAGGGGUUUCCAAGUUAAGCCACCUGAGCAAACUUGCUCGUGAUAACAACACAGCCAGCAGGACUGUUGAAGCUGAUUGCUUGCAUACAAUGCUUCUUGCAAUGGCUGAUGCUCGAGCUGUUCUAAUAAAGCUUGCAGAUCGCUUACAUAACAUGGAGACCUUAGAAGCUUUGCCUUUGGUCAAACAGCAAAGAUUUGCCAAAGAGACCAAGGAGAUCUUUGUGCCUUUGGCUAAUCGAUUAGGGAUUGCUAGCUGGAAAGACCAGCUUGAAAAUCUUUGUUUCAAGUAUUUGAAUCCAGAAGAGCACAAGGAAUUGUCAUCCAAACUUGCAGAGUCCUUUGAUGAAGCACUAAUUACAUCUGCUGUGGAUAAACUAACUAAAGGCCUGAGGGAAGCCGGUGUCUCAUAUCACAAUCUUUCUGGGAGGCACAAGAGCCUAUACAGUAUUCAUUCCAAGAUGCUAAAGAAGAACUUGGCAAUGGAGGAGAUCCAUGAUAUCCAUGGCCUGCGCCUCGUGAUUGAGAAUGAAGAAGAUUGUUAUCAAGCGCUUGCUGUUGUUCAUAAAUUGUGGCCUCAAGUUACUGGAAGAUUCAAGGACUACAUAUCACGUCCAAAAUUAAAUGGGUAUCGAUCGUUGCACACUGUUGUCAUGAGUGAGGGCGUUCACCCAUUUGAAGUCCAAAUCCGCACAAAGGAGAUGCAUCAGCAGGCAGAGUAUGGAUUCGCUGCGCACUGGAGGUACAAGGAGGGUACCUGCAGGCACUCCUUCGUGCUUCAAAUGGUGGAAUGGGCAAGAUGGGUGCUUACUUGGCAAUGCGAAGCGAUGAACAAAGAACGGAAUGCAUCUUUAGGCAGUGGUGAUACCAUGAGGCCACCUUGCCCAUUUCCCUUGCAUUCAGAUGACUGCCCUUACUCAUAUACCCGCCAAUGCAACCACGACGGACCCCUAUUUGUCAUCCUCCUGGAGCAUGACAAGAUGUCUGUCCAAGAAUUUCCCGCAAACUCAACCGUAAUGGAUCUCAUGGGCCGCGUAGGUGCCAACAGUCCGAGAUGGAGCCCCUACAGCAUCCCCGAAAAGGAAGAUCUGCGACCGAGGGUCAAUCACGAACCCAUAGGGGAUCUGAACCGGAAGCUCAGCAUGGGCGACGUGGUGGAGCUGACCCCAGCCCUGCCUCGCAAGUCGCUCAGCGGGUACCGGGAAGAGAUCCAGCGCAUGUACGACCGCGGUGGCUUCGCCCUCGCAACCCGGGGCGGCGGAUCAAGACGUAGCUGACAGUAGCAAUACGAUGUUAACUUGUUGUAUCACCAUUGUACAGUACCCUCCUAGCUAUCAUCAUUCAAUUCGUUGUAAAUAUAGUCUAGUUCUUGCAGCCCAUAACCGAGGGUUCUGAAAUUGUGCCUGACCCCAGGCGCUGCAAUGCGUAGAAGUAGAAUGCUGUAUAAGCUGUUCAAGUUUGUUUCAGCUUCUCCCCAAGAUUUGUGGAGAGAAAGUUGUAGCAGCAA